UUCUGCAUUUCAGCUUUCCCUUUUGGAAGACUUUAAAUAUAUUCUCCUCUUCAAGUAUUUGGACUACGCAGAGUUUGAGGACACUGUGAAAACAUUUACAAAGGAAUGCAAAAUUAAAGGAAAGCCUUUACCCAAAACAGGAGAUAGUUCUGUGAAGGACUCUAAAACUAUAAUAAUCCAGGAUCUGCUGACUUCUUUUACCGAUGGAUACCCGGAUGUCUUCUUUGAACUCUGGGAGGAGCACAUCCCCUCUUCAGUCCGAGACAGUGAAGCUCUUGCUCAGAAGCUGGAAUUCUACCUUCAUAUCCAUUUUGUCAUCUUCCCCUUAAAGCACUCAGUGGGAAGCCCUACCACAUUUUCUUUCAAUGAAAGGAUUUCUCAUUUUAAAACCUACCUGGAAACCAAAGGAGCAGCCCUGAGCCAGACUACAGAAUUCCUUCCAUUCUAUGCCUUGCCUUUUGUUCCCAACCCUAUGAUCCACCCCUCCUUCAAGGAACUUUUCCAGGACUCUUGGGAGUCUGACCUUAAAACAAGGUUGGAAGAAUUCCUGUCUGUGACUCUAAAAGCCAGUAAUACCCCAAGGCUUUUGACGUUAUAUAAGGAGAAUGCACAGUGCAGCCAAGAAAUGCUGCAAGAGCUUCAUCAGCAACUGGUGGAGUCUGAACGCAAAACUAUGACUUACCUCAAGCGAUUCAACAAAAUCCAGGCAGACUAUCACAACCUGAUUGGGGUCACUGCUGAACUAGUGGAUUCCCUUGAGGCUACAGUUAAUGGCAAAAUGAUUACCCAAGAAGAUCUACAGAGUGUUUGUGUUCGUUUGUUUAGCAACCAGAUGAGACAGACUGUAGCACACAGCAUUGACUUCACAAGGCCUGGAACUGCCUCCACCAUGUUAAGAGCAUCUUUAGCUCCUUUGAAAAUACUAGAAGUGCCACUCUUGCCUUCUUUGGAUUAUGAGAAGCUAAAGAAAGAUCUAGUGGAUGGCGGUGAUCGUCUAAAAGCUUUUUUGCUGCAAGCAUUGCGCUGGCGUUUGACGACAUCCCAUCCUGGUGAGCAGAGGGACACAGUUCUGCAGGCUUAUAUCAACAAUGACCUUUUGGAUUGUUUCAGCAAUAUGCAGAGAAGUGUGUUAAUGCUGAUGCAAUCAAAGAGUGAGGUGGUUCGGCAAUAUACAGCCAGACUUAUCAAUGCAUUUGCCUCAUUGGCUGAAGGUCGACACUACCUUUCCCAGAAUCCUCGGUUGCUCAGAAUGCUGGAAGAAAGAUUGAAAGCCGAAGACAAGUAUUCCCUUACCCGAGAGAAUGUCCUAGGGGCUUUGCAGAAACUCAGCCUCAGGCGGGCUUUGCAGUCAGCUAUGAUCAAGGAUGGGCUCAUAUUAUGGCUGGUGGAGGCUUUAAAGGAUACAGACAGCAUGUCAGAUUACACACUGGACUACUCAGUUGCCUUGCUCAUGAACCUUUGCCUUCGGAGUGCAGGGAAGAAAAUGUGUGUGAAGAUUGCAAAUGAGAUACUCAAAGUUCUGUCAGAUCUUCUUGGCCAUGAGAACCACGAGAUUCAUCCUUAUGUGAAUGGGGCACUUUAUAGCAUCCUUGCUUUGCCAUCCAUGCGAGAGGAAGCCCGUGCAAUGGAAAUGGAAGACAUUCUGCGCUGCUACAUCGAGGAAGGAAACGCCGAUAUGAUCCAGCAGAUUGAGUUCAUUAUCAAGCAACUUAAAUCAGAUGAGCCUCUGGAUGAUAGUGCUGAGUCUGAUGAUGAGGAAAAAGAAGAUAACAAUGAAGAGGAACAUAACAGCAUGGAAGCUGAUCUGGAUAAAGAUGAAAUGUUGCAGCCUCAGCCAGGGGAGCUGACAGGGGAGAAACUUUUGACCACAGAAUACUUGGGAAUAAUGACCAAUACACCUAAAGUAAAGAAGAAGCCAGUUCCCAGCCUCCAGCAGAGUGUUGAUGAGCCUUUCCAGAGACCCAUGACGCCUGCCUAUCACAGAGGAGUGACCUACCCAACGUCAGAAAAUGAUGCCAUAUCUUCCUGUAGCAGUGAGAGUCGUGUCCAGCAUAGGCAGAACUCCGAGCCUGCAACACACAGCAGGAAGAGAGCCAGCCUUUCGGAACUUUUUUCCUCUUUAGCAUCAGUGGAAACAGAAAUGUCCGAGGGGUCCUCAGUGCAUUCUGAAACUGGCCAUUGUGUCCCUCUGGCUGCUGAUGUCCUGUCUCUCCAAUAUCCAAAUCAUUCCCAGGACAAUGUAAAUGGAUUGUCCAGCAGUGACUUCCUUUCUGGUUUUGCCAGCAAACCGAAGUUUCCCUGCUCUCCCGAGUCCCAAAAUGUGAAACCUGGAAGAGGAAGGAUCCCAACUAUCGCACCACAGUUCUCCCAGUCUGGGCCCCAGCAAGCCAGUCGCCCUGGAUCUUCAACAAGAAGCAGACAGAGCAGCCAGUCUUCCAAGAAGUGAGGACAGAUCCUCUCCUCAGGAAUCACCUGUGCAAGUGCGGAAGGAGAGACCCAGCCAACCUCCUGUAACAGGAAUCCUAGCCAUCUCUGGCAGCUUGCGGGGCCAAAUGGGCAGAUUAUCAGCGCUGGGACCAGGGACACCUUAUACACCAAGAGCCACUGUCUAUCUGAUGGGAUGAACCUUUUCUUGGGCUUGAGCCAAAUGAAAGAAUCCUGUCUGGAACACACUACUCAUAGUAGUGCCCAAAUGGACCAUUGAGCAUCAUUUUUUUUGGUUUGUUUUCUUCACCUAAAAUUAGAAGCUAAAACACUCCCUCUCAGUUUGGAUGUCCUGAGAGGCUAGCUGGCUGGUUACUGUUUACCUCUUUGACAUAUCUAUCAAAGCAGUUGUUUGUUUGCAUCAGCUACACUUAUGCACCCCGAUACACAGCCUCUUUCCUUCUUCAUCCCCUUUCCCCCGUGUUAUUUGCUCUGCUGACUUCAAUCUUUAGCUUCAGUCUUCCUUUAGGGUGUUUCAUACAUCUGUAUUAAAUAAGUCUCCAGACCAUUUCAAAAAAUACAAGAUAAAAGGGGGGAAAACAUACAUAGUUUAAACAUCUUCCUUUAGGGAUUUGCAGACUGGCAGUCUUCACAAGUUACAGGUGUCUGGGAGAGGUCAGGAGUUGGACUAAGCUGCUGCAUGUUCACUGGCUCAGACCCCUGUUUCAAACUCCUGUUUUUUAAAGCUAAAUGUUCAUUGUUACAUUUUGGUCAUUUUGGGCAAGGAUGCUAAAGAACCCCUUUCUAUGGUGAUGUUGAUAGGUAUUAGCCAAGCUCUGAUCUGUCCAUGCAAAAACUGGGGUGCCUGUGAAGAACCCACAUGGUCGUGUGUGUGUGUGUGUGUGUUUAAAGGGGAAACGUAUCCCAGAUAUGGACCCAAAUACCUCUUGUUUUCCUUUGCAGUCCUUCUCAGAAUGGUGUUAGAAAGUGAUGGAUUGUCACUUCCUGUCACUAUUUUGUGAGGGAGUGCAAAAGAAAACAGGUACUGGGUGGUAGUAUAGGAUUCUGGGGUGCUUGUGAGGCUUGGCUGAGGGUAUAGAGGGCUUUCUAUGUGAUUUGGAGGCAAAAACACUCCCAAAUCAUGCCAAAUCUGUUUAAUUGGCGGGUGGUAGGACUUUGGAUGGAUGAGGAACUUUAGGAACCAGAAAAGGAGGAACCAAGGACUACAUGUGACCCACAAACCUCACUAUGCCAAUCCUUAUGCUAGAAGGACAGAGGAGUUAUUGGACCCUCUGGAAAAUGCAUGUCACCAAAAUCAUAUAUUUCUCCUUGAUUUACUUCAGAUAUACUGAUCAAGGAUGGCUACCCUAAAGAUCUAACUCUAUGAAUAUCACCUUGUAUAGGUGGGGGUGGAAAUCGUGCAGCUUCCCAGAUCUUAUUGGACUAUGGGUUCCAGCAGCAGUAGCUAUGAUGAGGAAUGCUGGGCAUUGCAGCCCAUCGGCAUCUGGAGGGCCAGAUGAUUCCCACCCCAGCCUUAAAUGGUCAAGAGGCUCCGACUUCAACAUCUGAGGAGCAGGCAAGACCCAGUUGUCUGUUCCUGAGCCUCAUUACCAUGUCCUGCCAAAUAAUGAUCAUGGUUACAGAGGCUGGUGAGUCAAUGUAGCACUUGUUGAUGGGUUAUGAUUGCAUAGGAUAACUAGAUAAGCCAUUGUGGUGCGCACUGUACAUCACAAGUUUUGCGUCUUAAUAAAGCUUUGAAACUUCUUAUCGAUUAGUGGAGUUUUGAGAUAAAUCAAUAAAAUCUAGCACACAUUACUCCUCAGGCUUAGACAAAGGUCUUUUAGGUGUCUGAAGAGGGAGAGGUACCUAGGAUAGAUGAGCUGAGUAUCUGGGGAGAAAAGUAUUUGUUUAUGCAGCUGGUGGAGGUACUGGUAAAGUCUUUCAGGGAAGAAGCAUGCUAGUGGUUUGGGAAUAGUUCUGCAUUUAUUCCAGUUCAAUUUUUGCUGUUUCUAUGGGGUUAUAAAAUGGGGGAGGGAUGAGAAAAGGCUUCUGAAGAAGGUCAAGCACAUGUGUAUGGAAAUAUUUGAUAUGCUGAAAUAUUUGAAUAUUAAAAAAUAUUCAGAAAGUGGUUAAAAUGUUUCUUGAGUGUCAGGAAAGGCUCAUAAGGAGAAUCCCAAACUAGUGAGAAUUUUCAUAGUUCAGGAUAUAUUCUGUGCCAAAUUUGCACUUUUGUGAGCAGAAAAUACAAUUUCCUCUGUGUGCGCAUCUGUUGUGUAACUUCAAGAGGUUUCUGACUUCCAGAGUUUUCAUGGCAAGAUUUGUUGAGAGGAGUCUUAGCCCAACACUCAGACUCCUACACCACACAAAUCUCCCAUUUGUGAAUUUCUCACUGAACCAAUCUCAAAUUCACAGCUUUUCAAAGACUUUCCCACAGUAAGAAAAUAUGCUCAAAUUACUUCAGGAAUAAAGUUAGCAGAGAAAUAUACCCUUAAUUUGGAACAAAGGAGAAAAGAUGAUAUGAAAGAUGAGGAUUAUAAAUAUGCAUAUACUCCUGAUAAGCUUUCCUCAGACAAGUGCAUUUUAGUUAUGAUGGAUUGCAUCUGCCAUCACUCCCCCAGCCAGUCUCAGUUAGUUAGUUAGUUAGUUAGUUAGUUAUUGGAUUUAUAUCCUAUCUUUCUCCCAAAAUGGGAUUCAAGGUGGCUGCAGCAUGACUAGAGGUGAUAGGAGAUGUAAUCUUAACACAUGUGGAAGUCAGCUAGGUAGAGGGGUGGUUGAUCUAGACAGAUUAAAAGUGGUCCCUGAAAUGUUCUGUGAGAGCUGAGAAUUGAUCUGUUAUUGCUCAUCUGUCACAUCCACCUUUGGGAUGUCAAAGGACACCCUUCAGGAACUAGAUCUCCCUCCUGUUGUAUCCCCUUUGUAGUGCCCUUCCUGUUUUGCAAAGCCCUUCUGAUGACUCAUGUGCUUUCUCAGGAGUGGGCUAUAGACCUGCAUUUCCGCCUCAACAAGGAAAAGGCUGAGACCCUCACCCAAGCAGACCAAACCUUGCUUCCUCUCUGGUAUGUGGCUUCUGAAGUAUAGAUUGCCCUCUCUGGCAGUUUUAUCCAGACACGUUCUCUCUCCUGACAGUUUGCAAAGAAGUAGCAAUGUUAGCCUCUUGCAACAUCUUUCUGGAUCCUAUUACAUGCUGUCCCACUCAUACAAUAUAAAUCCUAAAAUCAGAGUUGGAAGAGGCCCCAAGGGCCAUCCAAUCCAACCCCAUUUUGCCAUGCAUGAACUCACAAUCCAAGCAUCCCCGACAGAUGGCCAU